AUGCGUCUUCUUAUCCUUCUUCUUCGUCAUCGUUGCAUCGUCAUGAACACCCAACCUCUCAGACAUCUACCUUACAUGAGUUCAUGCACACCUGACUUCCUCCACCACCUCCCCUCACUUCCUUUUACUCGCCUCAUCCUACUAACUGCUGAACCACCAACGCCAACACCAACACCUCACCAGGAAAGCGACACACCAGCGCGUGACAAAACACCCACUGGCAAAUGCAACAAUCAAGUGUUUGUGGCCCUAAAGAGGGCCGUCGUCACGUUCACUGUUGUCUUUGUUAUUGUUGUUGAUGAUGAAGGUGUUUGGGGGUGGACGAUGGGCUGGGGCUGA